CUGCUGUAAAACGACGUGCCGUAUUCCGGGUUGUGUUGAUACAGGCUAGCAGCAAGAUGUUGCUGUCAUGGAAGAUGGUUUUGCCGUUAAUGCUGUGUUUUGUUGGGCGACAUGUCACGUUUGCGUUACAGGACGUUACCAGUGAUUUAUUUGGCUUGGAGAAUUCCGGCACAGUGGCAGCUUUCGGUGACUUUAACUCGGAUAAACAGACUGAUAUCUUCAUCAUCAGAGAGCACUCUGAGCUGUUGAUUUUCUUGGCUGAUCUGACAGCUCCUUAUUUUAAACCUAAAGUCCAUCUGACUAAAGAUGCUUUCCCACGUGGCAUCAGCAUCAGUGGUGUUGUCCCGGGUGAUUAUGACGGAGACUCUCAGAUGGAUGUGCUUCUCACUGGACACCCUACAGGCGCUGGCCCCUUAGAAACAACCGUCUUUAUCUUCUGGGGGCAUAACCAAACUUUAAACCAGAGUUCAAGGAUAGAUCUGAACCAGACCUUUCGAAAUGAGCCACUUGUCAUGGACUUUAAUGGGGACAUGAUUCCAGACAUAUUCGGAGCUGAUGGGGAAUCAACAGUGGUUUGCUACCUAACUGAUAGAAAACAAAAAUGUGAUGAGAAGGCUCUUGGAUCUAAUGUCAAAAUGCGUGUCCCUCACUCCAAUGCGUUCAUCGACCUUAACAAGGACUUUACUGCUGAUUUAUUCCUCACCACUGAAUCAGGAUUCGAGACCUGGAUAAAUAAGGAUGGGAAUUUCACUCGAAUGUCGCUUGGAACGAUACCAGAGAAUGCCAAGAAAGUGGGUCAAUCUGCAUUUGUAGACUUUGAUGGUGACGGCUCCCAAGACCACCUGUUGCCAGUGUGUUUGGAUGACACGUGCCGGAAAAGUGCUAUAUACUUGUCCAAGCCUGGAAGCUCAGAGUGGUUCCUGGUGCUGACGGACUUCCAGAGGAAGGAAUCUAUGUGGGGUUUUGUUCCCCCUCCAGUCAGUCCCAAUGUGGAAGAACUGUACAGUCCCAUCACCUUACACUUGGGAGACUACAACCUAGAUGGCUUUCCUGAUGCCCUGGUCAUCCUCCGUAACACGAGUGCCAGUGCACAGCAGCAGGCGUUCCUCUUGGAGAACGUGGCGUGUAGUACCGCAGACUGUGGCGAGUUGGGCCGGAUGUUUCGUGUGCAUUGGGAGCAGUCAGAUCUCAGUGCCAUCCCCAGGGCUGUUGUGGCCACUUUUUUUGACAUCUAUGAGGACGGUAUAUUAGAUAUGAUCGUGCUCAGCAAGGUGGAAGGGAAGGAAGAGCUCAUCAUCCAUGCUUUGAAGAACAACUUUGAGGCUGAUGCAUAUUUUGUGAAAGUGAUUGUGCUCAGUGGCCUGUGCUCCAAUGACUGUCCAGAGAACGUCAAGCCCUUCGGUGUGAACCAGCCCGGCCCGUAUGUCAUGUACACAACUGUGGACUCAAACGGUUAUCUGAAGAAUGCAUCUGCGGGGCAGCUCAGCCAGUCAGCUCAUCUCUCUCUCCAGUUGCCCUACACAGUGCUCGGUCUGGGGCGCAGUGCCAACUUUCUGGAUCACCUGUUUGUGGGCAUCCCUCGGCCCCCUGGAGGGAAGGACAUCCGGAAACAGGAGUGGACUGCUAUCAUUCCAAACUCCCAGCUCAUUGUUAUACCAUACCCACAGUAUGACCCCCACAGUUGGAGUGCGAAGUUGUACCUAACCCCCAGUAAUAUAGUCUUAUUGACUGCGAUAGCAUUGAUUGGCGUUUGUGUCUUUAUUCUCGUCAUCAUCGGGAUACUACACUGGCAGGAGAAGAAAGCAGAUGAUCGCGAGAAGAGACAGGAGGCCCAUCGCUUCCAUUUUGAUGCCAUGUGAGAAAAUAAGAGUGCAUCGUGGGUAAACACUGAGAAAAUCAGCUCUGAAUCAAUUUCAUUUCAUGUUUUAUUUAAUAAUUUAUUUCUUUUUUUUCUACACUGGAGGUAAUUUUAUGCAUUGAAAAAAAUGUUGCAAUCAGAGGAAUCUGUCUUGAGAGGAGUAACUUUUCUACUGGAUUGUAGGCAAGAACUGUAUUAAUGUGCCUCUGUGAAUCUCUUGAUAUCUGAAGGGGUAUGUUUCUGUUUUUUUUACUUGUGUGGUUUCCAUGAACCGAAAAACAUAAGGAUGUUUGCACAUUGAGAAGUAAGGAAAGUAUUUGUUGCACCUUUCAGUGCCAUUUUUUAUAAGCAUGUUGUUUCUUUCAGCAAGUUUUCUGUCUUAUUAAAGCAACAUCGCUAAAUGUCAAGUGGGCAGAAAUAGGACCAGUAAUUUCCUCUGCUUGUUUAAUCCCAUGCUUGGUACAGUUUGAAGGCUUUUUUCAUGUUUGUAUUUUAGCGUAUAGGAUGCAAGUAUGCAUGAUUGAAAAAUCUCUGGACUUACUAAAUGUUUGAAAUGUAAGCGCUACAUUCAUAAAUGACACAUUUAACUACAUGGGGCAAAAUCCUUCUCUGACUGUAAACAAAGUUGGUCUUUUUUAGAAGCCAUUUAGCUGUUAGCAAUCAAAAAAGUUAAAAAAAAGGCAAAACUCAUUAACUGUUAACAAAUUUAAAGUGAUUCCCCCAGAAAAUGUAAAGUAAGUUGCUAGAGGCACUCUUUAUUGACUUUCCAUUCAAUAUCACAGGAGUCAAGUCCCCAUCUUUAAUUACUGUCCAUUGUUUAAUAUAAAACAUGACAUCUGUUUCACCAUGCACUGUCCUCUGUGUUUACAUUUUAAUAAUUCCCACUGUGUCUCAUUAAUUCCUAGAAUGUCGUCUUUCCAAUUUGAGGUACAAUUCUCAAAACUCUGUUUUAUCCACUAUUAUGCUUUUGUUUAGAUAUUUUCCUGUGUUUGUAAGUUGUUUUUAUUUAUUACUUAUACAUUUAACUUGAUGUGCUAAUAAAAAAUGUACAGAGUGAAGGGUGUUGUUUUAAACUGUAUAUAUCUGACAAAUAUUCUGAUCCAUGACCUGUAUUGAUUUGCAAACCUCUUUACCUUUAUGUGGUGUUGUGGUAUAGUACUAUGUGCACAUUCAUUUUACUUUCAAAGGUAAAGUCAGUUGCCAAACUACUUGAUUCCAUGCAGAUUUGUACUAGACCUGUGUUUUAAUUAGCAUGCAAUUAUUGCAGAUGAUUUGCACAAAUUGUAUCCGGUUUAUGUACUUGACAUCUGUGCUUUUGUUAUUAUUCAUUUAAUCACUCAACAUGUUUUGGGUUGUUUGUCAUUUGGUUGGCUUUGGAAUGUUGUAAUAAAAAUAAACAUAACCAAGAUUUUG